AUGGGCGACAGUAAAGAUCUUGAUGCGAAGAGCACACCUAACGAGGCCCUUCAAGCUCGGUACCUCAACAACAACAGCAACAACACACCUCCCAUUGAUGCCUCGAACCCCGUUCUCGAGACCAUCUGGCGCCACAAAUCCAUCCGCCACUUCCUCCCCUCCCCGCUCCCCGACGACGCCCUCGAAACCCUCAUCGCCUCCGCCCAGAGCGCCUCCACCGCCUCCAUGCUUCAGACCUGGAGCGUUGUCGCGGUCCAGGACCCCUCCCGCAAGGCCGCCGCCGCGCAACUCAGCGGCAACCAGGACUUCAUCCGCCAGGCGCCGCUCACGCUCUUCUUCUGCGCCGACCUACACCGGCUGACCAAUGUCUCGGAGUGGGAGGGCCAGGCCGGCACGGCGCUGGAGAAGACGGAUAUGUUCAUCAUGUCGACGAUCGAUGCGGCCGUGGCGGCGCAGAACGUGGCGCUGGCGGCCGAGUCGCUGGGUCUGGGCAUCUGCUACGUGGGCGGGGCGCGCAACAACGCCGCAGAGCUCUGCGAGCUGCUGGCGCUGCCGCCAAGGGUCGUGGCGCUAUUUGGUAUGGCGGUGGGUUGGCCAGAUCUGGCGGCGCAGGCCCCGGAUAUCAAGCCGCGGUUGCCGAUGCAGGAGGUCCUGCAUCGUGAGAGAUGGGAUGGUAGCCACCAGAGGGAGAAUGUGGAGCGGUACAAUGCGAGCCUUGGGGCGUUCUACGAGUGGCAUCAGAUGUUCGGUCGGCAUACCUGGGCCAAGUUCGUGGCGGGCAUGCUGGCGUCGGGGGAGUUGGAUGGACGGGAGAGGAUUGGACAGGUGCUGCGUGAUCGAGGGUUUGGGCUGCAGUGA